CCACGUACGAUUGCAUGAACUACAUAUGUAUAGGUUAAAACUUAAGACAAAUAAAUACAAGGGGUGUGUAUAAUAAACGAAACGUAAAAUUGUAUGGUUAAUUUUAACCGAGGUCGAAUCAUUGGUGUUCCCAUUCUACCUAUAUUACAUUUGUGCUAAUAUAUCGGAAAUUUUAGUCAAUACGCAGCAGAUGGAAUCUAUAUCACCUUCUUCAGUGUGCGCUAACGGAGGAUUUUCAAACAAAAACGGUUGUACGUGUCCUCCCGGUUUCAAAGGCAAUACAUGCGAACACGGAUGCGGACCGAAUAAGUUUGGCGUUGACUGCACCGGAAUAUGUUCAAUGCGUCAAACACAAUGUCGGCAAAUGAUGUUUUGUACCAAAGGUUUUGGGUGUAAGUGUCCGGCAGGAUAUAUAGGAGACGAUUGCUCCACAGAAUGUACGAGCGGUACAUACGGUGUAAAUUGCAAGCAACUAUGUUCAGAGCGAUGUAAUUCAACAUCAUGUGACGCUUACACCGGUGCUUGCAACACAGGAUGCGCGUCUAGCUACAUAGCACCGGAUUGUAAAGAAAAGUAUCCGUGGCUCAAAUCUCCACCACAGCUUGAGUCGUCGGAUUUUAAGUCACUAAAAUUGAAAAUUGAUUUUAAUUCAGAAAACAUACAAGGCAGUAGAAAUGUUAACUCUGUCUACUACCAAAUCAUAUUUAAGACCACUUCAAAUGAAUCGGAAUUCAAACAAUUGGAACUAAAAGAAAUCAGACAACAAAAUUCCGUUAUAGAAAUCAUAGACAAUCUCUAACCAGGAAUAUCAUACUCCUUUGGUGUGAUGCUAGUUGCAGAAGACGGAAAUUCCAACAAAGAGGAUAUACAAA